AUGGGUUACAGUGAUCCAGAUAAGUUAAUUGAGAAUGAAAGAGCUAACAAGGACUUCGGCAAGAAUCAUAAAGUUGCAAUUGAUGAUUUUGAUGUUUCCUUGCCAUGUGAACGGUUCCCUUGCAUCACUUUGGGUCAUGCUCCAGUGGUGGAAUUGUAUGAUGAGAUGACAUGUUCCUCUGGAAAUAGUGGGCUUUUGGCAGCUCAGACUUGUAAAAGAUUUUUCCCUAGUCCUAUCACCUCGAUGUGGGAUCCAGAUUGUCUCACUCAAGCAUGGCCUUCCUUAUAUCCGAAACUGCCAGAUGUGGACUCUUCACAAAGAGAAGAAAAUUUUGCCACUUCUAUGUUCACUCAGUCCCAAACUAUGAAGAAACAAGUGGAACAAGAUUUACAAACCACUAUGGAUGAACCUUCCUCCAGAUCUGGGCUUGGAACCCAACAAAGUGCUGUAUCAGUUGAACUGAUUCUUGAUAAAAGUAUCAGUUCGAUACCUGGAUUGAGUAAGAGACAGUGCCGUCAGCUGGAAAGCUGUGGCUUCCACACGUUGCGGAGAUUGCUGCAUCAUUUUCCUCGGACCUAUGCUGAUCUACAAAAUGCACAGGUUGGAAUUGAGGAUGGGCAGUACCUCAUUUUUGUUGGGAAGAUCUUAUCCUCCAGGGGAAUUAAGGCUAGUUAUUCCUUCUCAUUUCUUGAGGUGGUUGUGGGUUGUGAGGUUGUAGACAUUGAAUCAACUUCUGGGCACAUGGUGGAUGAAAUUGAUAGUGGAAGCAAGAGAAUGAUAUACUUACAUUUAAAGAAAUUUUUUCGAGGUACUCGUUUCACUUUUCAACCUUUUCUCAGAAGUCUUCAGGAGAAGUAUAAAGAAGGAGAUAUUGUAUGUGUUAGUGGUAAGGUGAGUUCACGAAUUUCUUUGUUGUAG